AUGGCGGACAGUAAAUUCUGUGCUGGUUGUCAGCGCAGUGAUGAAGACAUUACAGCUGUAUCUUGGUGCAGUGACUGCUGUGAACUUGUAUGGAAGGCGUGUUCUAGAUUUUACAAAAGGAUGUCCCCGCCUCAUAAGGUAAUACCAACGCAAGAGAUACAACAACUGAGUUCGUCACUUCUUACAUUGUCCAAGAACUGCGACAAUCAUCCAGAUCAAAAGAUUGCACUGUACUGCUGUCAACAUGACAAGGUAGUCUGCGUGUCAUGUCUUCCGGUAUCACAUCAACAUUGCAAGUCUAUCAUUUCAAUUGAAAAAGCUGCUAGAGGCGUGAAAGAUAGUACCGCUAUUUCUGAUUUAGAGAGAAGAAUUUCAAACCUAUGUCAAGUUACAGAAAACAGACGGAGUCAAAGUGAGAAAACACUUGUAGAUUUGGAAAUAAAUCGUACCAAAAUAAAGACAAUGGUGUCUGAAAUCAAACGGAAAGCAAUUGCUCAUUUAGAUACGUUAGAAGCAGAGAAACAUGAAGAUAUUGAUUCUAAGUAUAAAAAAUGUACUGAGAGUGUGUCCCGAAACAGAAAUAGCAUACAAUCCAAUGCAGACUCGCUGUCUACAUGGAAAAGUGAUUUAAAGUCACUGAAGCAACAUACAUCAGAAAUUCAUUUAUUCCAGGUGGUAAAAUUUCUAGAUGCAAAAAUUUACCAGAAAGAAUUAGAAAUCAGAGAAAUCGAAACAGCUCCUGUUCCGAUACUAAAAUAUCAUCCGUCAGAAUCAGAAUCGAACAUUAAGAAACUAGUCCCAGACUUGGGUACAAUAACAGUAGAAAAUGUUCAAGUCCAAAUACCUGUACUAGAUAUUGAUCAACAAGUAUCUGUUGGUAAAGCAGGUUUCCAGAUCAUCGACCUGAAAUCAUUGAAGCCUGGAAGGCUAAUUCAAGUUGGUGGAAAGUGUAGUGGAAUCACCAGUGUAAAGGAUAAGAUCUGGGUAAAAAACAAAUCUAACACUCUAACCAUUGUGGAUAUCAAUGGUAAAGUUUUUAAAGUAAUAAAAACAACGUUUGAUGCUUAUCAAAUCUGUGCCAGUCAGGACGGUGAUGUAUAUUGUACUGACUUAAAUAGUAGUACAGUAUUCUUAGUUUCUUCGGAUGGAAAAGAACGUGAGUUAUACAACAGUCCCGACCUGAGAGGUGCUAGGGGUGUAGCUGUAGAUGACCGUGGGGAUGUGUUUGUAUCAGGAUGGUUAUCAAACAACAUACAUAGAAUAUCUGAUGAUGGACAGAAACAUGACAUUAUCUUGUCAGCAGACGAUGGUAUCAAGGGACCGUUCGGUUUAUCUUACAACAAUGAAACAAGAGAACUGUUACUCUUAAACAACCGUGGUGAAUCAAUCUAUAUCUAUAAAACCAAAUGA